AUGCAGCUCAAAGGACCAGUCUCACAUCAUGGAAUUGCAUACGUGGAAGGAAAGGCUUCAGGCCCACUUGUCGCUAGUAACCUCGAAUUGAGCUUCUGGGGAGGCGUCGAUCCGCAAACAAGCGAGGUGAUAGAUCGCCAUCACCCGUUAAGUGGCAAACACAUCCAAGAUGCGAUUCUCGCUAUUCCCAGCGGUCGCGGGUCUUGCUCUGGGAGUGGAGUAUUAUUGGAACUCAUACUAAAUGGCAAGGGCCCAAGAGGCCUGAUAUUCUCACGAAAGGAAGACAUUCUCACCCUUGGAGUCGUGGUUGCGGAAGAGAUCUUCAAUAAGUCUGUUCCAGUAGUGAUUCUGGGGACGGACGAGUUUCAAGACCUACAGAACGCUACUUAUGUCACCAUAAAUGGGAAUACGGUCUCAAAAGGAGAACUGAAGAGUGUACCUGAAGUUUUCGAACCGGCUACCGAAAAGCUUCAGGGCACAAGCUUGAACCACCAUGUUGAGUUAUCUGAUGGGGACAAAGAGUUUCUGGAGGGCUUACAUGGUCGAGCUGCUCAGGCUGCUAUGCGUAUCAUCUUACGCAUGGCUACUAUAGAAGGAGCCGAUAAGCUAAUAAGCAUUACGCAAGUUCAUAUAGAUGGCUGUGUUUAUACUGGGCCUGGGUCGCUCGAAUUCGCAGAAAGAUUACGCAACUGGGGCGGCAAGGUCUUGGUUCCCACUUCUCUCAACUCUAUAUCCGUGGAUCAGAAGCGCUGGCGCUCUCAAGGCGUUUCAUCUACAUUUGGCGAGGCGGCAGAAAAGCUGGCCACAGCAUAUACCGACAUGGGCGGCCGUCCAACCUUUACUUGUGCUCCUUAUUUACUUUCGAGUGCACCGAAAGUAGGCGAUCAAGUAGCUUGGGCUGAAUCAAAUGCUGUGGUAUACGCCAAUAGUGUACUCGGUGCAAGGACCAUGAAGUAUCCGGAUUUUCUGGAUAUAUGCAUUGCUUUAACUGGGCGUGCUCCGCACGGAGGCCUUCAUUUGAAGCACAACAGGCUUGCUUCACUCCAUGUAGAGAUGCCUCUUCUUCUGCAUGAGGAUAUUGAUGAUUCCUUUUAUCCUCUACUAGGAUAUCAUGUUGGUGGUCUCUCAGGAAGUCGGAUACCUGUCAUCACAGGAUUUGAGAGGGUGCGUCCAUCGACGGACGACUUAAAGGCAUUUGGAGCGGCAUUUGCCACCAUGGCAAGCGCUCCAAUGUUUCACAUCGUUGGAGUAACUCCAGAAGCCGCCACAAUACAAGACGCGAUAGGUGAAAGAGAUGGUAUAGAGUCUAUUAGCCUUGAUCUGAGGCAACUUGAGACAAGCUGGAGAACACUCAACAGCGCACAAGAUGACUCGCCUGUUGACCUCAUCUCGCUUGGAAAUCCGCACUUUUCUAUUACAGAAAUGAGAAAGCUAGCAAACAUUUGUCGAGGACGGACAAAAGAUGAACGAGUAGCUAUCAUGGUAGCUUGUGGAAGAGCAACACAUGGAUUAGCAAGUCAAGCAGGCCUGGUCGAAGAACUAGAACGGUUUGGGGUUCAGUUUAUUACCGAUACGUGUUGGUGCAUGAUUGAUGAGCCUGUGAUUCCAAUAUCUGCGAAAACCAUCAUGACCAACUCUGCGAAAUAUGCUCAUUACGGGCCAGGGCUUACGGGGAAGAAGUUUUAUUUCGCAAGCUUGGAGAGAUGCGUCGCUGCUGCGUGUAGCGGCAAUUAUGAUAAAACAAUUCCUAGCUAUAUUGAAUAG